AUGGCGGACAUUGAGACGCUCAAACAACAAAGGGCUCGAUUGAUAAAAUCUAUCGCGCUUAUUCAGAAUUUUAUUAAUAACUUUCGAGAAGGAGAUAGCAAACAUGGCUUAAUCCUCCGAAAAAAGAAACUAGUUGAGAUUCUUCAAAGUUUAGAAGAAAAUCAAACUGAAUUAGAUGUUAGAUGUCCAGGAACUUACUCAAAAGAAUAUGAGGAGUUAUUUGAUUUACAUUUUGAAUUGUCAGCUCAAAUUGAAGAUAUUUUAGAAACUAACAUUAACGAAAAUAAACCAAAUAUAGAUUUAAAACAUAGGCAAAUUAACAUCAAACUUCCAGACAUAAAUUUACCAAAGUUCAAUGGAAAUUAUUCGGAAUGGAAUGCAUUCAUAGAUAUUUACAAUUCACUUAUACACAACAACGAGCAUUUGUCAGACGUUCAAAAACUUCAUUAUUUAAAAGGGACACUACAAUCACCAGCAUCUGACUUAAUAACAAAUCUUUCUAUGACCAAUGAAAAUUACAACACGGCAUAUAAUUUACUGCAAGAUAGAUACAACAAUAAAUACUUAAUAAUUACAUCACAUCUACAAUCUCUAAAUGACAUAAAACCUAUACUACGAGGUUCACAUGAAAAUCUACAAUCAUUUUUGAACCAAGCGAGGCAGCAGACGCAGUCACUACUCACAAAUAAAUUAGAUCACCAUACUCGUUUAGCUUGGAGUCUAUCACAACAAGAAGGAGAGCUGCCAACGUUAAACAAAUUUUAUAAAUUUCUUGAAACCAGGUCGUGUGCGUUGGAAACUGCAACCAAGACUGGUAAGAUAGAACAUUCCGGAGCAAAAAUAAAAUCUGUAAAUAUAGUGUCUCAAGAUAAUCAGCACAAACCAUGUAUAUAUUGUAAAUUGAAAGGACAUCGUGUAUAUAAUUGCUUUAAAUUUAAGAAACUACCAAUAACACAAAGACAGGAAAUUUUAAGACUUAAUCUCCAUUGCGAGAAAUGUUUAGAACCUGCUCAUUCACCAGAUGUAUGUAAAUUCAGUCAGAAUUGCAAAAUAUGCCAGAAGAAACACCACACAAUGAUGCAUGUAUAUAAUGAUAAUAAAGAUUCCACCUCAGAGGAAAAAGUGAGAAGCAGUGAAACUACGCAAAAGGUACUAUUUUCACAAGAGUCCAAUUCCAUAAGCGUUUUGUUAGCCACUGCAAUCAUCAACAUUGAAAACACUCGAGGGGAGCUUUGUGAAGCAAGAGCACUAUUGGAUAGUGGCUCACAGACCAACCUGGUCACAAAAGAUUUAGCAGAAAGACUGCAGCUCCCACAAUUUAAUUCCCGAAACACUCUGAGUGUACUACAGGGCAAGUCAUUAGGAGUAUCUAAAUCAACUAAAAUCAAGAUAAAUUCAAUUAAUAGUUCGUAUAGCAGAUCAAUAAACUGUAUUGUAAUAGAUAAAAUUACAACAAAUUUACCUGCACAAAAAGUUGAUGCCAGUGACUGGAAGAUUCCAAAUAACAUAAAAUUAGCAGAUCCUUCAUUUUCAAAUCCUGGGCCAGUUGACGUACUAAUAGGAGCAGAAUUAUUCUUUGAAAUCAUACAGCAAGGUAGUAUAAAACUAGGCUAUAAACUUCCCAUGUUGAAAAACAGCAAGCUUGGAUGGAUGCUUUCAGGACCAUAUAAGGAGCCAUCGAUGCAACCGAGUUAUGUAGGAUUCAUUUCCAAUGAUCAAUUAAAUUGCGAAAUAACAAAGUUUUGGCAAAUCGAAGAAAUAGACAGCAGUCCUCCAAUGCAGGGUUCGGACAAAAUCUGUGAAGACCACUUUUUAAAGACAGUUCACCGACAUGAAAAUGGAAGAUAUGAGGUGAGUCUACCAUUUAUUGAAAAUAGAAAGUCAGAACUUGGAGAAUCAUUCCAUCUAGCCAAGUCACGCCUGUUAAACCUGGAAAGACGCUUUAAAUCAGAUAAAAACCUUUUGAAUAAAUAUGCAGAGUUUAUGGAAGAGUAUAUUCGGUUAGGCCAUGCGCAAGAAACCACAGUGAUACAACAUUCAACUCAAGAAAAUCCAGUUUAUUAUCUUCCACAUCACCCCGUUAUAAAAGAAUAUGGUACAACCAAGUUGCGGGUAGUAUUUGAUGCUUCGGCUAAAACAUCUAAUAAUAUAUCAUUAAAUGACAUCUUACAUACAGGACCUAAGCUACAGCAAGAAUUAAUAUCAAUACUAAUUAGAUUUCGAUGCUGGAAGUAUGUUUUUAUAACAGAUAUUACAAAAAUGUACAGGCAAAUAAAAGUUGCUAAAAAAGAUCAAGAAGUGCAAAGGAUUUUGUGGAGAUGUGACCCAAAGGAAGACAUUCGUUGUUAUAAAUUAACAACAGAGGAUGAAGAAAGCAGUACACCUGUAGCAGCAGAUAUUAUUAAACAAGACUGCUAUGUAGACGAUAUAAUAACAGGAGCAAACUCCAUAACAGAUCUUCAUAUUAAAUCUGAUCAACUUGUGACAAUGCUUGGCCGCGGAGGAUUUUCUCUACACAAGUGGUCCAGCAAUAAUCAAGAAUUUUUAAACACAAUUGCACAAGAAAAUCAAGAAUUAGAAAUACGUGCUUCAUUGAUAAAACUGGAAUAA